AUGUCGGGAACUCAGGCUGAUCCGAUAGAUGUUUCGAAGUUUAAGAAUGGAGACGAUGUUCAUUUUGAUUAUAAUAGCACCUCCAACAACCAAACUAUAAAUUCAACGAACGUACAGAAGAAGAAAAAGAAGAAGAAGAGUAAGAACAAACAUAAAGGGCCAUCCAAUGUGGAGGUUACUUUGAAUGACCCGGAUGUAGACUAUCCAACGUCUAGAGUGAUAAAACAGGCUCCUAAUGGAGAUGUUAUAAUUGAAAGUUUGGAUGAGCCUCCCACAGAUGUACAUGAGAAAUCUGUAACGGCAAAUAUAUGGGAUAAUGCUACAUUAGAAGAACAGGAGAACUUAAAGGAAUUCUGGGAGUCGUUGGAUGAAGCUCAAAAAAUUGAGUUGGUGAAAAUCGACAAGAAAUCUGUAAUGGAUCUAUUUAAGAACGAGAGUAAGACACUUAACGCACUGACUAACCAUCAAAGUAAUAGCAAUAUACAAGGAAGUGUAACCGGAACGAGUGGUGGAGCUCUCAAUGGAUCCAGCACCAAUGCAAAUAUAACUGGUCCAUCUAAUUCAUCGAAUGGCGCAUGCACUUGCUCUUAUUGUGGCCGUAAAAAUAAUUUUAUUGAAGACGAAUUGGAGAACAUAUACGAUAAUCAUUUUGAUGAUAUUAUAGAUUUCAUUCACGAAAUUCGAGAUAUAAAUGAUCUCAAUGCAUUACCUGGCCUUUUGUUUGGAGGAUUCCAUAUGUUGGAAGAAGAACAUAAACUUCAAAAACGACAACAAAAACAUAAAUACAAACAAGAAAGAGAGCUUAGCCAUGAUCACCAUCAUCAUGAGCCUGGUCAUAUAUGUAACGAUUCACAUUUAAAUGGUGAAUUUGAUGAAGCAACCAAACAGGACCAAGACCAACAACUUGAGUAUGAACAUGAGAUCACCGAACAUGAAGACGAAGGCGAACACGAAAAUGCACACAGUCAUAAUCAUAGUCACAGUCAUAACCAUAAUGGUAAUCAUAGUCAUAGUCAUAAUCAUAAUACAAACCAUAAUCAUAGUCAUAGUCAUUUUCAUUAUAAUCAAAUAGAAGAAUUAAACAAUGAAUCUGAACUUCCUCAGGAAGCUAUUUUACAGGAAUCUCUUGAUUAUGAAUUAAACAAAGAACUAGAAGAUGAAUCAGAAAAUAAUCAACUGUCUGUAUCAACAAGAGAGCAGAGAGUAUUUCACAAGCUUCUCGAUCCUAAACUAUUUGAAGCUUUAGAGAACCUUGACUUUGAAAAAAUGAAAGACACUCCCGCAAAUAAUCAGCUGGCACAUAUACUCGAAAAGGCUGGGUCUCUCAGAGAUAUCAUUAGAGAUUUGCAUAAAGCUGAUAAGGUUGAGUUGGAGAAAGGAAUGGCCUUUUUGCAAAAUAUGGGAAAAAUAUUUUCAAGCGACAUGAGCAAUACUAUGAAUCACGAUACACUAAAUGAGCAAUUAUCUCACGGACUUUCAAGUUUUGCCGAGGACUUAUUAAAGAAUGAUGGAAAUUCAUUUAUUGACAUGAUGGAGUCUCUCUCUGAAUCACGAACGGCGAGAGAAGAUUUGUUGAAAGAAAAGUUCGAAAAGGAGCCUAAUGCUGCAUGGGUGGAUGAGGACGAUCAUACUAAGUCAGACACAGGUAUAUCGAUUCCUAAACCCGAACUUCACCAGGUUCAAGAGUUGGCGGAUGAACUAAAUGAUGAAUACGACGAAGAGAAUGAAGGAGAUGAAGAAGAAGAGGAAGAAGAAGAGGAAGAGGAUGAAGAAGAUGAGGAAGAAUUAGAGGAUGAGGAAUUUGAAGAAGAUGAAGAAGAAGAUGCAAGUGAUACUGAGUCUGAGAUUUCUGAGGAGGAAAAAAUGCAAGAAAUACGUCGGUUAUUUUUAAUACAAGUCAUCAAGUUGUUUCAAGAAAGACUCAAGAAUGCGUAUAAGGAAAAACUUUCACAAGAUAGAACGAGAAAGUUGAUCGAAGAAUUAGAAGCGGAGGAAAACGCAAAGAAGGAGCGAGAAAUGAAAAAAUUAAGACAAAAGGAAAAGGCUAAAGAAAAGAAGAGGCUUCAGCAGUUAGCAAAAGAAGAAGAGAGACGAAAGAAAGAAGAAGAACAAAAGGCAAAGGAGGAAGAAUUGAGGCAAAAACAGGAGGCUUUGAAAACAGAACAGAAGCGUAAAAAGGAGGAAGCAAAACAAAAACGAGAAGAAGAAAAGAGAAAGAGGAUUGAGGAUUUGAAACGAAAAGAAUUAGAACAACAAAAGAGAUUAGAAGCUCAGCGUAAAAAGGAGGAAGAAACUAAAAGACUUAAAGAUGAGAAAAAGAAAAAAGCAGAAGAAGAACGCAAGCAAAGGGAAGAGGAAAAGAAACAAAAAGAAUUACAGAAGAAGUUAGCUGAAGAAGAAAGGUUGAAAUCGUUGAAGAAACAAGAACAUAAAGAGAUAGAAAGUUCAGAUGAUAUGGGCCUUUUGUCUAGAAACCUUGAGAAUGCAAGAUUAGAUAAAAGCUUGGAUACUCCAUCAGCAGUUGUUCCGGAGACAUUAUUGGCACAAACCCAAGAGCAAAGGGUCAAAUCUCCUACAAAGAAUCAUAUAUUGGAUCAAUUGUAUCUAGCAAAGCCAAGAUCGUUAUCAAAUUCCACAAACUCUACGCCUCAGAUUAAUAAUGCCACGCCAGGAUAUAAUAUUCCUGAGCUUUCUUCAAAUAAUAUUUUGCCUUCUGUUUUAUCACCUUCUGGCCAUAAAAGUUUGCCAAUUAAUGGUAAUGGUAAUGUGAACCAAGCAGUUCCUUCGCCUUGGUCAUCGCAAGCUUUCAAUGCAAAUACUCAAACUCCCCCAGUGUAUCAACCCCAAUUUUCUUCCAAUGCUUUUAGUCCAUUCAAUAGCUCAUUUAACCAAAGUUCGCUUUCUACUAAUUCCAAGGAAAAUAUUAAUACAAAUCCAUUGAAUGCAGCUGGAUUUAAUGAACCAUUUGCUACGGCUGCUCAACCUUCAAGUGUUUGGAAUCCUGGCACUACUUCACGAAACAAUUCUAUCUGGAGUAACUCUCCAAAUGUUUCUUCAAAUUCAACCUUGUGGAAUAACGCUAUCCCACCUCCUCCAGUUGGUGCAGCAGCGGUUGGAGCUCAUCCAAACAAUCAAGAUUCUGAUAUAAUCCAAGCGGCCGCAUAUCAAGCAUUUCAGUUCAUGCAAACUUCAAAUCAAUUGGAAUUUGGCGUGGCUCCAAGCUUAAAAUUGUUUCAGACAGCCAAGGCGAUUCUUUCAAAUCAAGGUCUCACACUCAACCAAUUCUUAACCUCGUGUAGAAAUACUGAUUCAUUGUCUGGCUACAGGUUUGACUUUAUAUAUGAUGAUUUUGGAACAGUAACUCAUAUCAAAGCAUCAUCGACAAAUUUGAAUCAACAAGCUCAACAUAAUAAUAUCAAUAACCAACCCAUUAACAAUAUGGGACUAGGAAACGCUGCAGUCAAUGGCAAUGAAUCUUUAUUGAAUACAUUGAGUGACAUCAAUAAUAAUCCUAAUUCAUUUUCAAAUGGAGUACGUGGGUUAUGGAAUUGA